UAAUCCUGCAGUAGUUCUAGUUCCUUUCCAGGUCUUGGGUCGUUCAUUACAUAAUCUUCCAACAACAUUCUCUCAACAUGCGAGGACUUGGCAAAAUUCAUUUCUCUGUGAAAUACGAGAACAACAAGUUGGAUGUUAGGAUUCUAGAGUGUCAGGGGUUAAAAGAUGCUGAUUUUAUUGGAAAAUCAGACCCGUACGUCCAGCUGUAUAUUCUACCUGGAAACCAUCCCCAGCUCAAAACGAAGACGAUCAACAACAACCUCAACCCUGUCUUCAACCAGGCGUUCAGCUUCUCGCUGACAAAAACCCAGGUUUUGGCAAAGACCGUGGUUUUCCAAGUUUUUGAUUCCGACCUCGGAAAGGAUAAACCCCUAGGAGAGGCCAGAUUUGCGCUCCGAGAUAUGGAAGGGAAGCAGAAUGCUGAUAUCAACUACUGGAUCGAACUCACACCAAUCACUAAUAUGCCGCCUGUUCUGAGGCAUCGUGCCAGCGUAGUAAGCAAUGUAGUGAGUAGGGAGUCAAGUGUUACUAAGAAAGUCUCAAAUGUUUCGUCCUUUCAUCCUACAGUGCAGACUGAGACACGUUCCUACUCUAGCACCAGCUCGGAGCAUGGUCGAACCAGCCUAAGGGAGCUGAACAGUCGGUUGGAGAACGUAGUGGCGCAGAACAGGAAGUUUGAAGAUGUAGACACCAAGCUUAUCAUCAACCUUCUCAGCAAGAAAGUGCACGCGCAGAUGAACAGUGAUGUUGUUCUGACUAAAAUGGAACAUCAUAUUCAACCUCUUAGGGAUGAAUAUAAGAUCCUUGCUGAGCUGAAUGCUGAAAUUGAAAUCCUGAAAAGGGAAAACGAUGUUCUUAACACCAGGACUCAUGAGAUCAAGGAGAGGCUGAUGGGAAGGACGGAGAAAGAGGAAGGAUUGAUGAUUACUGUGAGAGAUAUGGAAGGAAAGCUGCAUCAAAUGCAACUGGAGAGAGAUACAGUUGAAACCAGGAAGCAGACUUAUGAAUUGCACCUGGAGGAGGCCAGAGGUCAACUCAACGCAGUUCUUAAUCAACUCAAGGCGCUGCGCCUAGACCAGGGAAGGUGGGAGGGAGAACUAACUCUUGUUAAUGAGAAGUUUAACCUCUGCGGACUUGAGAGGCAGCGUAUGAUGUCGUCUUACUCUGCUGAGUUUGAGAGUGAGAUUGAGUGCCCUACCAUCUACUGGGAUAUCGUUAAUGACUACACUAAAAAGAUGGAUGAUGAGGUGGCCAGCCUGAGGGAGAUGUACCUCAGCUACAACAACGAGAUCAAGGGCCUCGAGGGCAGGGAGAUCGCCAGGCUCAGCACAUCUAUGCAUGAUGUUGGAUCCAACUACGGGGAUGUAUCUGGAGUUAUUGGAGAACUAGAGAUCGUUAAAAAACGAAUGCUUGAGCUGGAGAUGGAUAAACUGACAAUACGACAGAAGAUAUUUGAGAUUAGGUUUGCUCUGGAUCAGGAGGAAGCUCUCUUCCAUGCUCAGUUUUCUGCCAAGGACGGAGCUCUAGCUUAUCUGAAAACUGAAUAUGAAGCUAUGAGGAAAAAAUUCUUCAACAAGCUCGCCAGGGCGGAGCAGACAGAGGUCUUCAGAUAUUCCAAAAUUGUUGGAGACGAGGAGGAGAUUAUGAAGAGGAAGGCGGACAGGUUUGAGAGUGGAGAUAGGAAGGUGGUGGUUGGACUCUCCUUGACUCCGAUGCACUCCUCCCAUGGAGAAUUUACAGGAUGGAAUAUUGACGAACAUAUUGAACCUGUUCAUUAAACGCUUUACAAUACACGUUUAUACUGAA